AUGAAGGUGAAGUCUUCUGAGCGACGCCAUGGGGCACGAGUUUGGCUUACAAAGCAUCAGUUGACGAUGAAGUAUGGAUCAGAACAGAUCGCGAACGAGAUCAUCAAGGCGAAGAGAGACGACCCGCAGAUCUUUGAAGAGCAGUCCAAACCACACCCAGACGCGCCGCAGUCUGAGGAGCUCAGACUGUGGCUCGUCUGGGACUCGGAAGGAAUCAGUGAAUUUGAAGAUCGGGCUUUGGAAGAAAUUUACCAAAGCAUUGAUGACAGUGACUCGGAAGAUGAAGAUUCAGAUGACAGACGCAAGUCAAAGAAGAAGCGGGGCAAGGACAAGAAGCGAAAGCGACAUUCCUCAAGCGAUGAAAAGUCUGACUCUGCAAUCAGUGUCUCCUCUGAGUCAUCUACUAAGAAGAAAAAGAAGAAGUCAAAGGGAAAGAAGGCUGCAAAGAAAGAGACAAAGGAAAAGAAGGAAAACCGCUUGCAGAAGGAAAAGGAGAAACACGAAAAAGAUGAGUUGAGAGAAAAGGAGAAGAAAGAAAAAGAACAGAUUGGAAAGGCCAAGAAGGCCAGUCUAAAUCAACCCACUCUUCCAUGGUGUUGUGCAGUCAAAAAUCCAGUUUACUGA